UAAGCGUGUCCACUGAAAAGCCAGAUUUAACUUUUGUAAUACACGUAUGUACAAAUAUUUAAAGAAAUAAUUCACAAUAAUUAUUCGCUGUCAAACAAGCCAUUAAAAUGUCACGCAUACGAAUACCGGUUGUAUGUGUGUGGCAAGCCAAACUUUACGUAUUUUGUUACUUUUGUAAAAGGGCAGUCUUACUCUCUGGCUUGAAUCGUUUUUGUUGUUACCACAUCCAAAUGUAGUGGCACACUUCGGUAACGCUAACUAAACUAUGAUGUGUAUGAAUUGUUUAUUAAGCUACUAGCCUUAACUUUUGGCUUGUAAAAGUCAAAAGUUUUGAAUCCAACUAUACACGUAUUCGGUAUGUGUACACAAUGAAUGAAACGACCGCGCACCAACUGCCCGAACACAACUUGUUGGUCUUCUCUCGGUCAGUUUUAAGUUAACGUUAGCCUCCUGCCCGUCGUCGAGCAUGAAUUUGUACCACGUUUUGGAGCUGGUGGGAGAGGGUUCGUUUGGUCGAGUUUACAAGGGAAGGAAAAGAUUUACGGGCCAAGUGGUGGCACUUAAGUUCAUGCCAAAGGUGGGUCGUUCUGAAAAGGAACUGCGAAGUCUCAAGAGGGAGAUUGAGAUAAUGAGGGGUCUUCAACAUCCAAAUAUUGUCCAACUCUAUGACAGCUUUGAGACUGAAACCGAGGUUGUGGUUGUAACUGAAUAUGCAGAGGGUCAAUUAUUCCAGAUUCUUGAGGAUGAUGGGAGCUUACCAGAGAGCCAGGUCAGAGAGAUUGCCUGCCAGCUGGUAUCGGCUCUGUAUUAUUUGCACUCCCAUCGUAUUCUUCAUCGUGACAUGAAACCACAAAAUAUACUGUUGGGGAAAAGUGGGGUGGUGCAACUGUGUGACUUUGGGUUUGCUAGGGCCAUGAGCGUCUCCACUUUAGUGCUGACUUCUAUCAAGGGAACACCACUGUACAUGUCUCCUGAGCUGGUGGAGGAGAAGCCAUAUGACCACACUGCUGAUCUCUGGUCUCUGGGCUGCAUCCUUUAUGAACUCCACACGGGGGCGCCUCCGUUCUACACUAACUCCAUCUUCCACCUGGUACAGCUUAUAGUGAGAGAUCCGGUCAAAUGGCCGGACACUAUGAGCGACACCUGCACGAGUUUCCUGAAAGGUUUGUUGACCAAAGACCCACUAAAGCGCUUGUCAUGGCCAGACCUCCUGCACCAUCCUUUUGUUGCUGAUGGUGUUCUAGUGCUGUCAGACGCGAGUGUUUUCAGCCCUCUGACAGUCACACCCAGCCCAGACGUGCUGGCACUGAAACUUCAGCAAGUGGCGGCAAAGACCGUGCCGACUUCUGGAGGGAGCAGAUUAUUGCGAAAGGCCAGGGAACAGAAGGACACCAGCGACAGAGUGAAACCAGCAGGCAGUAAUGGUGUGAAAAAAAAGAAGGAUGGGGUGGGAAAUGAAAAGGCCAACUCUGCAACAGCAUCUGCAUCUCCUAGAGCCAAUCCCCCCUCCAGUGAUGUCAUGACAGCUGCCAGUCAAAGCUUCAACCCGAAAAAUCAAGUCUGCGUGACAUCAAAAGACAGGGGUCAGAUCAGCAGGGACUAUGAACAGGAAUUCCCCUCCAUUGAGGUUGGACCACGAAUAGUGUGGAGAUACAGGCAGGUCAGUGAUGUUGACAGUGAGGAUUAUUGGGAGAAACUGGCCAAAGAAUCAGAUCCAAGCGGGCAGCAGAAAGAACCAUUAAACCUCAGUGUCAUCAUACCUCAACUUAAGUCAAAAAUCCUGGCAUUUAAAGCGCAGCUGACAGGUGGUGUGGUUAAAGAUGCGUGGCAGAUUCUCCAGCCGCUGAAGGUCUUGCGCAACCUGAUUCUGACCUCUGACUUUCAGAAGUCGUAUGACAUUGGCCAGGAACUUGGACUCCCACACGCCCUCUUUGAUCUAGUCCAUGAUACCGUCAAAACCUCACUUUUCAUUAAGCAACCAUGGAGUGUGGCAGCACUUGGAGAAAUUAUUACUGUGCUCAGAAUCUACUGGGAGAAACACAGUGAUUGGGUGGAAGAAGAGCAUAGACUGGAAGAGUUCACCAAGCCCUUCAUCAUAAUUCUCUGUCAAACAAAUCUCAUUCCUUUGGCACCUCUGGCUGCCUCUGUUCUGUCUCUGUUUACACAACACGAUGUUGACGUCGAAGUUAGUGUGGACAAUUUAACCUCCUUGAUGAAAAACCUGCUUUUGGAUUCAUAUGAGCCUCAGGUUCCUCUUCUCUCUGGAUGGGGAGUCUGUGAUGGACUCCUGUCUUUAUUCCUACACAAGCUCUCUGAGCAUGAACCUUCAUGUUUAGACCCAGCAAUGUCUCUGGAUCUUUGGAAAAGAAUUGGUGCUUCACUAGCAAAGACAACACCAGACUCAGACUUCUGCUCUGCGAAUGGGUUGUAUUCCCUUCUGUCCAUUGUGCUGUUUGCCUUCACCAAGGAUCCAUACUCAUGCAUCCCUCUGUUUACAGAGUGCAAAUCAAAAUGUGUGUACACACUUGGCCAGCUGCUGGGCACUGACUGUCUUCAUUUGUUUGCUGCAGGCAGUCCUGAGAGACUCGAGGUGGAUGUGAGUCACGACAGCGUGUCUGCAUUGAGCUGCCACUUGUUGUGCUUUCCGUUUGCCCUGGACCUGCCUUCACACACAUUGUCCACAAUCUUACAGUUGUAUGACAGUUGUGGUGUUGUGGCGAGCCUCAUGCAGGUAAUUCAAACUUUUCCUCCCCCGUUACUGGAGCUGCCUCUCUCCCUGCUGAGCCGUUUGCUCCUGUGCGACCCCGAGGGUUCCUGUUCACACCUCAGAAAAGCCCCUUGUGGUUUUUUCGCACCACCCAGAAACAGCCAGACUCCACAGACCAGAACCGCCAGCUCUCUGCUGUCCAAGUUGCUGCAGCUAGACAUGUUGUGGGAUUCUGCCGUGGAGCUCCUAAAUGUUAUGUCCCAGUUAUCCCGUUGUUCCCCACGGCAUUCCCAACUUCAGCUUCACCUGGAAGCUUCAGUGCUGCAACAGGUGCUGACUCACUCUCACGACCAGAUCAGGGCUGCUGCAUGCAGACUUUUGGGUAAUUUAGAUCCAUUCAGGCCUCCUACGCAACAUACCCUGCAACCUGACAUUUUCAAAAACUUGAUAGACUGUCUCCAUGAUUCUAACAUGCCUGUCCGGAGGAUGGCUUGCAGGGCAGUCGGGAACUGGCUGGGAUAUUUUGCAGCAGGGGCAGGGUUUGAAACAGGUAGGUCCAAUGGAAAGGGCAGUGACACUACAGGGUGGGGCAAAGAGAAAGAACAAAAUAAACACAAGUGUUCACACACUGAGACGGCAGGAGAUUUGGCUACUAUAGUAGAACGGGGAGAGGACAAUGAGCAGGGGUGGAUACAGGAGGCCAGGAGGACAGUAGCAAUGCUGGCAUCUCUGAUCACUGACCCCGACGCCCUCACACGUCGCCACUGUUGUGCAGCCCUGGGAAACCUGGUAAAUGUUGACGGUGCUGUGUCCUUAUUGUUGGAGGAAGACGUGUCCGACUUACUUCUGAGAGCUGCGUGCACAGACUCCCACAAUGCAGUGAGACGAGCUGCCAUAGAAACCCUGUGCCUGUACAGCAGACAGGACGUAAUACGUCAGGUCCUGAAAUCCCUCGAUGCCAGUGAGAAACUUCUAGAGGCUUCGCAACGUGCGCCUCCACAGUGUGACUAUCAUCAGCUCAUUGGACAGCUGUGUGAGGAGUGAUGGGAGGUUUAAAUGCCAGGUGGAUUUAAUUCUUAUCACAUCUUACUUUGUUGUACUGCUUCCAAGUGUCUUAAACAGUGUGGUUGUCGACUACAGCCAAUAACCAUAUUCUCUAUUUUUUUGUUUGUCUUUGAUGUAAGAUUAGUUGAGGCUAACACAUGGAAUGAAAAUGUUGAAAAUAAAAAUUGGCUUUUUCUUAAUGAAUAUCUUGGCUGCAUAUUGUGUUUGUUUGCGUUAAAAUAAAAGAGUCUGUAGUUACACGAUGU